UAUCACGACACCGUAGCAGACUUCCGAAGUUCGAGCCAAUUCGAACCUGGGAAGCGACUCAUAAGCUCAGGGGUCAGCUGCAGAGUGAAAGAGAAAAUUCUCGCUGCGCACAACAAACUUCGACAGAAGGUCGCGAAUGGAAACGUCGCGGAUCAGCCUGGAGCUACAAACAUGAAAGAAAUGACUUGGGACAAUGAGUUGGCGCGGGACGCCCAGCGGUGGGCCGAAUCCUGCCCAGACGACCACGGCCACUUUCAUCAAGACCGUCGGUUUCAUGUUGGUCAAAAUAUUGGACAAACUUUCUCCGAGUCUCAAUAUUUUAGCUCUUCUUCCGAUUUCGCCGAAACGAUUCCUCGUUGGUUUGAGGAGGUGAACCAGUUCAUCUUCGGCCGCUCUCGCAUCAACCGUGCUACAGGCCACUACACUCAGCUUGUUUGGGCGGACUCCCAUCUGGUUGGCUGUGGUUAUGCCUACUUCCACGACCAGAUGAAAGGAUACACUAAAGUCCAUGUCUGCAACUACGGGCCUGCUGGAAACGUUCGCGGUCGCUCUCCUUAUAGGGCUGGGUCACCAACAUGUCUCGACGGAACGGUGGCUUCGUCAGAAUACCGCGGCCUCUGUUCUACGACUGACCACGUCGCCAGACUGCAGUGCAGGCGAAGGCACUAAGUUACAAGUUGAAGAACCUUUAUUGCAAGACAAUCCCAGAGGCGGACUCAGAGUUGACAUGGGGAGGGGCAGAGUAUCACUUUUUGUUGCAUAUACACAGGCGUGAAGUGUUAGUUUUAGUCUGCUUUUUAGGCCGUUAUCUAAGGGUGGGGCGACAUUGAAGCAAAUUGACUAAGGUAAAAAAUCAAUUGUGGGUCACGAAUCAAUUGUGGGUCAUUUUUUUCGACGGGUCACCGCAGACCCGACGGAGAUUGAAUCGAUUUGAAUUUCGCGGUAGACCUUCCUUCAACCUUUCUUUGUCUUCCCAAAUAGCGUGUAUGUCCGAGCGACGACUGUAACGGCUCCUAUUAGGCUUCAAAGGAAGGCCCUCCAAAAUGUCGAGAAAAUGGCGCCCAUCCAACGAGGCGAAAAAUCGUAUGUUUUUCAAAUUGCCACCGUGAAGCUAUUACGAGAUAAAACGGGACGCCCUUGCUGAUUUAGGUUCAUAGUAGGUCAGGGAACAUAAAUUUACCAUAGUACAGCCGAAAUCAUUCGAUGCCAUGGUGCGCGGGUGAUGGCAAAGAAGCGUUCGCUUCCAUGUCAGAUCCAUUAUUUUAAACAAAUUUUCCGGUAGUUUUUCUGCUAUUUUUUGUUUGCUGCGCUUCUGAAUGACUGAUGUAUCCCAGUAAAUUCCAUUUUUGUGCUCUGUCACAUUUAGUAUUACGAUACGAAGGUUAUGUUAAGCUACAGCCCCGAAUUACAACGCUAGCUCUUACUUCCAGUCCGCCAUCAGGCUUUUUUGUUGGGGAGGGGGGGGGCAUUUCGGGGCUUACAUAGCUCCCGGAAGGGAACCGCUCUCCAACUGCGGGCUAGGCACCCGAGGCCAGUCCGGCCCUGUUAUAAGGAGUCAAAUAAAUCCCUAAAGACUAUAUAUUCUGACUGAAAUAGAUAAUAAACAAUAGCAAUACCUCAUGAUGACAGAGUGUGGUGUUGGAUUGUCUACCACACCGGCGGCCCUACAAUAUGCACUUUAAAAGUUUCGUCUCUAAUCCAGGACGUUUAACUCACAUCUGUCUCAUAGUGAAAUUAGCCUGUUAAUGUAUUUUUCCUUUUUGAGUGAAAAACGUGUCUGCUUGGUUUAUUGAGAACCAGGGACCUUUAAUUAAUGAAAAUAAGAAAAUAUCUUGCAAAAGUGGUCAAUUUACAAGCAAAAAGACGAAAUGGCCCACAAUUGAUGUGACCCACAAUUGAUUCAUUGUCCUACAUAUCCUGCAGUUUUCACGAUUCCGAAAAACAAAUUCAGAAGUGAAUUUCUCUCGCAUUUAAGCAAAUCAUAUCCAAAUUUGAGCUUCCUACAAUGCUGACCCACAACUGGUUCCAAAAAUCAAUUGUGGGCCAAAACAGACUAUUUUUAAAACAGCCACAGCUUAGUAAAUAAGGAUGACAGACAGGGCUACUAUGCUGCAAAACUUAGUCCAAGGACCAUAGUUAAGGCCGCACAUGCACUUUUGUCACCAGGUCAGAAUUAAAGGCCUUAAUUUGGAAUUUUCAAAAAUGUGACCCACAAUUGAUUUUUUACCUUACUGCGAUUCGAAUUGGAUUAAAAAUGGGGACAUUCGAUUCGGGCGCAAGAAAUAAAAAGAAUCGAGUCGAUUCAAGUCAACUUUUAA